AUGCCGCGCUGGAGCCUGUGUUGGCUCUGCGUAUGCGCAGCAGCCUACAGUGCGAGUGUUGGGGCGACGAGCAGCUCUCAGACCACAAGCACGACAAGCUCACACACCACCACGAGCACAACGACAACGACUGAACUCAGCCUGACCACGACGACCGAGACAACCACCAGCCAGACCUCAAGCCAGACAAGCCAGACAACAAGCCAGACAACAGCAACCAGCACCAGCCAGACAGUGACCACGGCAACAAGCACGCGCUCCACAAGCACCGCGACUCUACCAGAAACUUGCGAUACUCUGCUGAGCUCCGCGCUCUUGUCUUUGGGUGUUGCACCUGAAAAAGCCGGAUCGCUGGCAUGCGCUCCCUGUGAUCCCUCCGCGGCGUUGUCCAUAUCCUGUGAUCCCGACGGACACGUGGUCAGCAUCAGCUUACAAGGCCAAGGCCUCCAAGGGCACCUGCCACCAGCUUUGGCGGAGUUGAGCUAUUUACGAAGGCUCAAGCUCGGUUUCAACCGCAUCUCCGGGCCGAUUCCUCCCGAGCUGGGCCGCCUACAAGACUUGGAGCUUCUACUGCUUACGAGCAAUGAGCUCACAGGGCCCAUCCCAAGAGAGCUGGGGAACCUCAGCAAGAUGCAGGCUCUCUAUUGUGCCAGCAACAAGCUGUCGGGCUCCCUGCCCAGGGAAUUAGGCAGCUUAUCCUCCUUGCAGGACUUGGACUUGUCGGACAACCAGCUCACAGGGCCCCUUCCCAUGGAACUUGGGAGCCUGGCGACAGUGAAGAACAUCCUCCUUGGAUUCAAUCGUUUCGAGGGUGACCUGCCCAGCAGCUUCGGGAGCCUGAGAUCCCUGACGGACCUCCUCCUGCACAACAACCAGCUUUCUGGUGAGCUGCCCAAGGAGCUCAGGGGCCUCCGGAGGCUGCGUCGCCUUGAGCUCUUCAGCAACAGCUUCACCAAGGAAAUCCCAUCGGAGCUGGGGCAGCUGCGCUCCCUGCGGAUCCUGCACCUCUCCCGGAACCAAUUCGUGGGGCCGCUGCCUAAGGAGCUGGGCAAGCUCUCUAGGCUGCAGCAGUUGGACCUCUCCCACAACCUGCUUUCCGGAGCCAUUCCAUCGGAGAUCGCCCAGCUGCGGGCCAUCAAGGAGAUCAAUCUCCGAAACAACCUCCUUGAGGGUGGGAUGCCCAUGGCAGACUUUCAGGCCUUGGGGAAGUUAGAUCUCUCCCAGAACCUCCUCACUGGAUCUGUGUUGCUGGGCAGCCUCCGCCGAAUCAAGCAGCUAUCCCUACGCGGAAAUCUCCUGUCUGGGACUAUUCCGCCAGAGAUCGGCGGCUUGCUGCCACUGCGGGUUCUGGACCUCGGUGAGAAUAGUUUUUCUGGACAGCUUCCUCCGCUGGGCAACCUCACCCGGUUGGAGGAACUCCAGAUGGAUGGAAACGGCCUUUCUGGAGAGCUUUCAGAAGAUCUUUGCAAACUCCGCUACAUCCAGCAUUUCAGUUGCAGCCGGAACCAGCUCACGGGCAGAAUUCCCGACUGCUUGUGGAAGUUGCCCAGGCUCCACUCAUUGCUGCUGCAUGACAAUGGCUUUACGGGUCCACUUCCCCAGGUCCUCUGGGCACAGAAUCUGGUUGCCCUAACUUUGCAUAACAAUGCUCUGAUUGGGUCCCUACCCAGUCGCCUCUCUAGUUUGAAGGACCUCGCGGUAUUGACCCUCCAUGGGAACAGGCUCUCGGGAUCUGUCCAAGACUUAAGCCUCACAGCACCUUGUUUGGACAACCCUCAUUUUGAGCUGCAGGGCAGGGCCUGUCGGGACUGGGCAGACGAGCCUGUGGAGAGUUGUGAAACCUUGGUCUCCUAUGCGCUGGCGCGCGAAGAGCUUGCCGAGCUCCUCCGGAAUUGCCCCAGGUCAUGUCAGAAAUGCGACCAGCAACUGGAGGAACCAAAGGUGACACUCCACAGAAACACCUUCUCUUGCAGCGUUCCAGAACAUGUGACCAGCGGCAAUGUGCUUGCAACAGUGGUCAUGGGCAACAUGAUCGGAGAUGGCCACGCUCUUCCAUCCUGGGUCUUGAACGAGGAGCAGCAGGAGUUCCUGUAUUUCAGUGAGCGGGCCUACACGAGCAACCUGUUCAUCGGCUUCGGCAUGGCACUGGUCCUUUUGGGUCUGGUCUUCGCUCGGGGACGCGUCUGGAUGGCUCUCUUUGAGGCGUCCCGCCAUACCCAUGACAGCGUGCAGGUUUCCGUCGUGGCUGAGUCCUGCUUCGGCGUACUCCGCUUCACCGUCUUAUCAGCCUUCCUGUGUUCCGCGAUGCUGCCCCUCUACUUCUGGGGUGCCGGCUACUACAUCUGCGGCCAGCCACUGGGCCGUGCCACUGCCGCCUACCUAACAGGGUCUUGGGAGACUUUGGUCACGAGCAUUUCAUGGAGUUGCCUGACCUUGUUCUUCGCAGCAUCUGUGACUUCUAUACCCAAGCGCACGACAGGCCCCGGGCUGGCCUCGGAAUCGACACCCGCUGGCGGCAAACUCGUCUUCUUCUGGAUAUUGUGGCUGGUAGUGGUGUUUUUCCUGUCAAUGCCAUCGAUCCUUUUUGCCGUCGCUCAGGCGCUCCCGGCCAACAACACUUCGGGGCUCAGCAGCUGGAUGUUGCACAUGGCCCACACGGCCGCUCCAAUCAUGAUCGUGGGCAUCGACAUGCUGUUGGCCAGCGCCCUGGCAAAAUGCUACUCGGCAUUGACAGGAAUCCGAACCGACCGUUUGCUGAUGAGUCUGAGACUUUGCUCGGCAUGGCUUCUGUCAAUGCUUACGACGCUUCUGCUGCACGAGAACUGCCUGGCUGGGUGGAAGUCUUUCUGGAGUGUUUGUGACUCAGACAGCCCUCGUCACCAGUUGUUCAACUGGAAGAUCUGGCACGAGUCCAUCUUAAGCACUGAUGAAAUGUGCCAACUGGAGCCUUCCUGGUGGCAUAACGGCCGCUGCAGCAGAGCAAUGAUCGAAGGCCUUGCUCCUCUCUUGAUGAAGAAGCUUCUUCUCAGAACAUGUUUGCAACCAGCACUUCUGCUUCUUGCGUGGCAGCUGUCCAAGUUGGACCCUGAACGUGCAGAUGGAAGCAGCCACUUGAGGCUCUUUCGCUUCGGGCCUACGACCAGUGGUUGCCUCUCACCCAUACAGCAGCACGCAAUGCUUACCACAUUUAUGGAAACUACCAUCUUUUGGGGCCCAUUGAAUCCUUUGGUAAGUCUGUGCGUUGCCGCUGCAACCAUGGUCAAUGUGCUCCUCUUCUCCAAGGCAGUGACGGAUUUCAGAGUGCGCCUGCCGACGGACGAUGCAAACAGCCAAUCCACAUUGUCUCGCGGGUACCUAGUGUGUUCAAUAGCAGCCUCAUCUGCUUUCCAGAUAUGGCACGCGUUUGGAACAGGUAUGCACGGGCAAGUGCUUCUAGUGUUAACGGCCACAGCUGUCAUUGCCUACACAUGGGUGCCUCUUACGCCUGUGCACUGCACCACGGCGAUUCGAUGUCUGCGCUGGCUCAUUUGGAGACCCCGAGUCAAGAAUGAAGAGGAAUCCAUCGAGCUGACCUAUGCCGACGCACUCGAGGCCAAUGUGGAUGCAACUUCCGCCGGGAUCAACGACUGA